UGCAAUUAGAAAGUAGAUGUACCAGCACUGUCAACAAAAUUAUGUUGUGUAUUUGUGUGAAUUAUGUUGUGUGUGUUUAGUGUUUUGCCGUGUGGUAACAACCUGUAAGAGCAGAAAUUAGGAGGAGACGCCUCCGUGAUGUCGCUUGGAUGUAACAAGAUUCUCUCGGCAACUGAAUUGGAACGAUACCGUGUACGUCUGGAGAGAACUCUUCCAGUAAAGGGGAAAAAGGAGUUUGCACCCAGUGGUUCAUGGGUGGAACGGAAGCUGUUGGAGGCUGCACGGGAUGAAAGACAUGCAUUAUUGAAAGAAGAGAGAGUGGAACGCGUUGGCAUCCUCUCAGUAGCAGAAUGGGACGAGAAAAUGAAUGUAGCUGUUGUGACGUACUCAGUUGGGAAACACUGGGAAAACUUUGGUCACCAGCAAGGCCAAAUAAAGUGCCUCAAUCCGGAGGAAGCACUUUUCCUAUUAGAAACAAGUAAUCUGCUGCUACUGCAUAACAAUGUUGGUCUGAGUGUGCAGCAAGGCUAUAACACACUCUUAGGACAAAGGACAGGUUGUACACUGAAUUGUUAUAGAGUGUUCUCUCACUUAGCACGCCAAGGAUUUCGGCUUAAACGUCAUGACGGACCGCUUUUCGUUCUCACAGACUACGAACGACGUAUAGGUCUACAGAGUUAUCUUUAUCCCAGUAAGCGUAGCACUGUGAGCACGCAAGAGCAGCAUAAUGAUCAAAAUGGAGAUUCCACAAAUGCUGAGUUCCAUGAAAACACUAUUAGACAAAUCACUAUGUCAUCUGAAGGAAAUGAUGUUGAGAUAGAUACAAACCACAUUAAAAAACAACAUGCAGAUAUUUUAUCAGAGAGCCAUGUAAAAACUGAAACCAUAAUCCCACAGGUUUCUGAAGAAAAAUCUACAGGUGAUGAUGUAAUAUGUAAUAUUGUUAAAAAUGAAGAUAGUGAGCUUCAAACAGCUCGUGGAUUUGGAUUUUACACAAAUAACACAGUAUCAGACAGUACAGGAGUUUCACCUGGUGUAUCUGAGACUAAUUUUAAAACUGAGAAGCAACAGCUAAGCAGUCCAAAUUCUAAAGGUGACUUCUCAGAGUCACACCAGAGAAUUAAAAAUAGUUCUGAAGUGUUUAUUAGCAAAAAAUCUGGUAAUGGUAGAUUGGUUGAAGACAAUAUUCAUAACAUCAAACAUGAACAAAGUACUGUUGAUUUUUCACAUGUAGCAGUAAAUAAUGAAGAAAAUCAUCAUGAAAAUAAUGUUGUCAUAUGUGACAUCGAAAUGAAGGUAGAAAAUGAUUUGCAGGAGGAUGUUGUAAAGCCCAGAGAGAGAAUUAGUUCAGGAUCUACAUCAACAGAGAGGCCAUCAAAAGACAUAAUAAAAAAAGAGACUAUUCAUACAGAGCGAAACUGUGAUAUUUCAGAAGACAGAAUGGACUCACCCAGCAUUAUUGAAUCAGUAGAGGAAGUACAUGAAGUAGACAAACAUUUAAACACUAGAGAGCCACAAAUCACACAGGAAUCACAUGAGUUAAUAAAAAAGGAAGAUGUAAAAAUAUCACAUGAGGUAUGUCUAAUUAGUGACAGUAGUGUAUCGGGGUUCAGUGAUAUCAUUGUUGACCUUGAGGAACAAGAACAGAACAAAAAUUAUGGCAAAACAUGCCAACCCCCUCUUGUGAAUUUAGUGAAUUAUCAUGAAAACAAAUUGUCUAGUUUUCAAAGAAAAAUGAGAACUCCUCAAGAAGUAGUUAUCGUGGAUGAAUUGCCAGUGUCACCAAGACCGAAAAAGAAUUUAAGACAACCGUGUACUUCUAAUAAUUCUUUGAAGUGUGAGGUAGACAUUACUGACAUUAAUUCAAAAAAAGAUAGUAUAGCCUUAAGGACAUUGAAUCGGAAGACUGCUGAGGGCCAGAAGUCUUUCGUUAAGAAUUCUCUGAAAUGUGAAAUAGACAUAACCGAUGUUAGUUCAGCAGAAGAAAGCAUAGCCGUCUGUCCGGACAUCACUAGUAAUAAAGAAGGGAAUGAUGAUAUUUUAUGUGUGGAUCACAAACACAAAUCAAAAAGGAAACGUCGUAUUUCUCAAAGGAAAUCAUCUGUAAAGAGUGAAAAAUCGUAUGUAGUUGAUGUUGAAACUGAUACUCUUAUGCAUUCAGAUGAUAAAUUGGUUCCAAGAAAGGUAGCUAAGCGUGAAAAGCAAAAAGAAAUGGGUGAAAUAAUAGUUGUCGAUGAUAUCGACACCCAGUGUGAGAAUGAUGAAGCAGUUGUGUUGAAAGAUGAUGACCUGGAAUUAGAAUUGACCAGAUUUUAUGAAGAAAUAACUCUCAUUGAUCUAACAGGUGAAGAUUCCAGGACAAAAACUAGAACUGAAAUUUUGGAUAUGUUUCCUAAUUUUGCUGGUGUGAAGAUUGCUACUGUUAGAGUUCCUCCAUCUGAUCUUUUACCAGAGAAUGUGACACCGUCACAGGAGGAAUAUCAAAUUGACCUGCAAAACCUACUCUCUGACCGGCCAGAUUGGAUUGUGCGCAGACGCCCACAUAGAGGUAGAGAUGCUCACCAACGAUUUAGGCCCAGGAGGGGGUAUUUCCGACGCCAGCAAUAUCGAGGAUCACCUCACCAUCAUAUGGCUGAUGAGAGGCAUUACACUGAUCCACAGGUAAUAUCAGAAGAAUUUUCUCAUAAUGUUCGGAUGGACUAUGAUGGGCAGUCGGUUUCUCGGAACUACUCUAAUCCAUACAACCAUCCGGCACAAGAAAAUAUGCCUUUUGCUGUAAUUGAUACUUCUGGAGAUUUCUCACAUGUAAGAAGGUUUGAACACCAACAAAGAUUUUUUCAAGCACGAUCAAACAAACCAUGGUAUGAAAACACUUGGAACACAGGUCCACAAAGUGAUGCCUUUAUGCAGCAUAGUGAUUCACCUUCAGCUUCUCCUCAACAUUAUGAGCUUAUGAAUGUUGAUAACAGAUUUUCAGGACACCGGCACAAUCAACAAAGGUGGAACAGGAGAUAUCACAGAAACCCAACUAACAGGAGAAAUCCAAGUGGUAGGUCAAAGUUCAGAUCAUUCCAUCAUCCUGCACAACACAGACACACAUCCAGAACAGCCAACUUCCAGGAAGAAACCACAGAAUAUAAUUGGCAAAAUCUUCGUAAUGUGUCUGAAAAUGCUGAAAGUUGGUCAGAUUUUAAGAAGCUGCUUGGUGGCAAAAAUUGCGAAGAGCCUUCAGUGGAAUCAAAAUUAGAAACAUCAGUGAAAGCAGAAGAUGGUGAUGAUGAGGUGGAAGAAGAGGAGCAGGAGGAGGAACAAGUGGAGUCUUUGGAUGAGGAAGCUGAAGAGGAAGAAGUUGAAUGGAAACCAUUACUUCAGCCUUCAGACUGUACAGACAUAGGAUCCAUAUUACAAAAACUAAACAUAUUUAAGGAAAUUCCAUGUGACACGGUUCCAAGUGCACAUUCUGAUACUAAACUGAAAAUAAACUAUGACAUUUAUCUUCCAACAACAAAAUUUAAGAAAUCUUCACCAUGCUUACCGGAUUAUAGGCUGUGCAUAAUUGGAUGUGAAGAGGAAGUUCCAAGUGCUGGACAAAUAUCAUUCUUACUAAAGGAUUUAAAAGAUGAUGUACCAUUACUUUUUGCUGUUGUUGUGCCGGAUUCUGUUGCAUUUUAUCAUUUUGUGAACAUUUCAUUACCUGUGGAUGACUCCUGUCCAAUUUAGUCAAUUUCUGCAGUGUUGCGAUUGUUAUUGUUUGACUGUGGCUGUUUCAGAUGAACUCUAAAUAUACAAAUAUAUUUAAUUACAUUAUUUAUACUUCUUCUGUGGGCCUGACAUGUGAUGAGAAGAAGUUCUGUUAUUUUGAUGUCUCAAAGUACAAAGCUACAAAUCUCCA